AUGCCUGAAUUAAGAUCUUCCUCAAGGCUCGCUUCCAAGCAGAAAUCAAACUCAAAUGGCAGUUCUGAGCCACCACGAAAGAAAUCUAAACUGGCUACCUCCACACCCUUGAAGGAAGAAAAGAUUAAAAAAGAACCUAGCCCAAAAGAAAUUCAACUAGGAGACUCAAUUCCUGAUUUAAAUUUAUUGGAUGAGGAUGAGAAUGAAGUGAGCUUAAAGGAAGCGGCUCAAAAGACUAAAUAUUUAGUGAUUUUUGCUUAUCCUAAAGCUUCUACACCUGGUUGCACGAGGCAAGCUUGCGGUUUUCAAAAGAAUUAUGACUUUUUCCAUAAAUCUGAUGUUACCGUAUUUGGUUUGAGUGCCGAUAAACCAAAAUCUCAAAAGAAUUUUGCCAAUAAACAGGGGCUUAAGUAUCCCUUGUUGAGUGACCCUGAAAGAAAAUUGAUCACUGUAUUAGGUGCUAAAAAGUCUCCGCUGGGGAUCAAAAGAUCUCAUUGGAUAUUUGUCGAUGGAAAACUUAAAGUUAAAAAAAUUCAAAUUGGACCAGAAGACAGCAUUGAUACCGCCAAGUCAGACAUUGAAAAGUUUAUUGCAGAAGAUUCCAAGAAGGACAAGAGUUAG